CCCUCCCUCUUUUUCAAAAUUUCUCACCCCGCCAACCCAACCCUUUACUCAAGUCUCAAUUCCUUCUUUUUAUUUAUUCAUUUCUUUAGCGCCUACUUCCGCCCACCCUCUUCAUCUCCACUUCCUUUAAUCCCUUCCAUUUCUCUCCACCGUAAACAUGCCGGUGUCUUCUUCUUCAUCUCUUCCCGAAUCUUCCUCUCGUCAUUACACGUAUAGUCGCAAGCAGAAAUCUCUGGGCCUCCUUUGCUCCAAUUUCUUGAGCAUGUAUAAUAAGGAUGGCAUUGAGUUCAUUGGUCUUGACGAAGCUGCUGCAAGAUUAGGAGUUGAGAGACGGCGGAUCUAUGAUAUUGUUAAUGUUUUGGAAAGUGUUGGGGUUCUGACAAGAAAGGCUAAGAACAAAUAUACAUGGAAAGGUUUUGGGGCAAUUCCUAAGGCUUUACAAAAUCUUAAGGAAGAAGGUUUCAGUAGCAAUUUCAACAAAUUCGAUGUACACAACAUUGCAAAGGUCUCAGAUGAUGAUGACGAAGAUGAAGAGGAUGAAGGCUUCUUUAAUCCCAUCACUGGGAGCCAGACUGAGACUUCAAAAUCUACCUCUAUUCUUAAGUCCUCAUCGGUGAAAGUUGAUAACCGAAGGGAAAAAUCCCUGGGGCUACUUACUCAGAAUUUUGUCAAGCUUUUUCUCUGCUCUAGUGCUGAGUUGAUCUCCCUUGAUGAAGCAGCGAAGUUGUUGCUUGGGAAUGCUCACAAUACCUCAGUAAUGAGAACAAAAGUAAGGCGGUUGUAUGACAUUGCAAAUGUGUUGUCUUCCAUGAAUCUUAUUGAGAAGACUCACACUGUAGAUACCCGGAAACCAGCAUUUAGGUGGUUGGGGCUAAGAGGAAAAUCAGAGAAAGGAUCUGCUGAUGCCUUGGUUCUUAAUGAGUCUAAGAAAAGGGUGUUCGGAACUGAUGUCACCAACGUCAGUUUCAAGAAGAAUAAGGUUGAUUCUUCAAAUGAUCAGAAUUUCAACAAGUCGCAGCAAAAGCAUAAAAAAGUCGAAAACUUGGCGCCUGCGGAUGAUAUAAGCCGUUCGGAGGAUUCGAAACAAGCUUCAAAGAGCUACCAGUUUGGUCCUUUUGCUCCUGUAAACUUGACUAAGAUUAGUAACUCCGAGAAUGAUGCUAAGCCAGUCCAUGAUUGGGAGAGUCUUGCUUCCACUUACCGCCCUCAAUAUCACAAUCAAGCUUUAAGGGAUCUCUUUUCUCAUUACAUGGAAGCCUGGAAAUCAUGGUAUUCGGAAGUUGCUGGCAAAACCCCAAUAAAACAAAUCUCCUAAAGCUUUUGAUCCAAUGACACACCACUUGCUAUCUCCGGUUGACUGCAUUUUCGGAAGCAUUCUUUUCUUAAAAGUGAUCUAUUUUCACUAUUUUCUCCUUUAAAAAAAAAUUGUUCCUUUCUUUUAGAUAGAGAUUUGACCUCUUGCUAGAUGCAUUUUCUCUUUGCACCAAUUUGACUGGCAACACACUUGUACACUAAUUCACCCAAGAAAUCCAUGCAUUGUGUCCGUGGCAGUUACAGUAUUAUAUAAAUUUCAAUAGAUUUCAUUUUUGGUA